AUUGUUGGAAAUGAUUUAGGUAAUUGUGGAUCAGUGUGUUGAAUAUCAUCAAUAAAAGUGUGAAUAUUAUUUGUUGAUGAUUCUGAAUGUGUGUUAGUAGUUUGUAGGAGUACAAAUAAAGAAAUGUCCACCAUAUGGGAUUCGCUACCAAAUUCAGAACAAAUCAUCAACACAAAUCCACAGAAGAACAGCCAACAUGAUACUCGAAUAGCUUGCGAUUGUGGUGUUAACAUUUCACAGGAUCAGGAAGAGAAGCACCGUAAAAGCAAACAUCACUUAUCAAAUACAACAAAGACAGCUGGAUUACUAGCAUCCAGGCGUCUCUGUGAAUAUGAAUGCAAGUCUUGCGGUACUCAUUUCACAAAUAACGAAUUAUUUGAAAACCAUUUGAGGACCAAAACUCACCGAAGAAAUGAAUCAAGAUUAGUUCGUAAUACAGGUGAGAAAGUCGAUUCAGAAGUCAUCAGCCAGUUUAGUAGAAAGAAAUACAAACCCAGGCAACAAGAUAAAAUGAUCAACUACCAAGAAAAGAACUACUACCUUGAGUUGCAGUCUUACGUUCAUGCUUUAGUAGCUUAUAUGAGUCUCAGAUUAGCUUUCGAUCGUAAUAUAAGUGACUUUUACAUAGCUACUGAUGACCUGAAAUAUCAAUCAUACGGAGAUAUAGUUAUUAAGUUGAAACGGAACAAAGGGAAGGAAGAAAAGAAGAUUAUUUAUGCUAUCAAGUUUAAACAAAUAUCGAAAAGUAACAAGAAAAUCGGAAGCCUCGGCGAAGCCAAGAUAAAUCUAAGCAAAGAAUACGAAUGCCUCUCAAAAUUGAAAAAGAUUGCCGAGUUUGGGAACACCAACUUUUGUAUAUUUACUACAUGUACUGCAACAUCAAAAUUUCGUGGUACUGAAGAAGUCGACGCGAACGUUUUGAAGCAUUGGAAGAAAGGAAAAGAUAUUAAUAUAACCUCUGAGGUUCAGUUAGUUGUUAAACCGUUCACUAAAAGGAACGAAUAUUUGAAUAUGACCACUGACCCUGAAAAUGUUUUCACAGUAUAUCCCAAAGAAGAAACUGACGAAUUUGAUCUACCAACGAUGUUUAUCUACACCAGUCAAAAAGUAUUCCCAGGAAUGUUACGGGAUAUCAUGAAGAAUACCUUUGAAAAGCGCCAGAUGUUCAAUCGAGAAAUAGGAGAUUACAUCAAAUAUGUUAAGGACUGGUCAGAGGGGAAACUAGGUGGGCACCACUAUUUGAACAGAUACGAUGUGAUAUUGAAAAUCGGAGAAAUAUUUCUCACUCCUUAUGUGGCUGUACCAUCAAAGACAGUGAAUUUGAUGCGAAAUGACUUCAAAAUCUGGAAUAAAGUAAUAGAAAGUGUGGACCUGAUCAUGAUGAAAAAUGAACCUUCCAUCAUGAGUAAAAUCUGUGAACCCUUCAAUACAUUUAUCGAAAAUACUUUAGAAGAAAGAAUAGAUGAAAUCUCCAAUUCUAUGAGGCCUAACACUGAUUUAUUACAGAAAAUUAGUAGUGAUCCAAUGAUGAAGGCAUAUUUUUUCGAAGAAGUUGACUUGUCUAAACGAGAACCAGGAUUACCCAUAAGCAAACUCUACAGAAUGUUUUGGAAAUCUGGUAGAAUUCCUCUUUUACUUACGACAGAACUCUUUGAAGAUGAUAAAGAUUUCUUGUUAGAUGUAAUGUCUUUGAUGAAGGACUAUGGUGUAACUAGGAAAUUUAUAAUUCUAACGGCGGAUCCUUUUUUCGCGAACAGUUCGUGUAAAUUGAAAAUCUUUAGUCGUUUGGAGGAUGUUAAAGAGACGGUGAAUUUAACAGAAGUUGGUUUGAAAAUCGCGACUAAUGCUUACAAUCUCACAUUGGAAGAAAUCUGUAAAACUGAUCAAUUUUUCUUGAAAUGGGUAACACCGAACAUUUUUUUCGACAUAGCGUUGGGAAACUAUCACUUUAAGACUGAUCGUUCAAGAAAAGAGGGGACGAUUAGUGAUAUGAAGAUAACUCUCAAUGAUGAUACUAUACAGGAGAUUCGAAAUCUUCUCCAUCGUGACGAGGCAGCUGCAACAGAAACACCAAUAGGAAUCGAUAAAGGCAGAUUGAGGGGUAUAGAUCCAGACUUAUUCAAAAUGAUGAAGGAAAAAAAAUCUGAGUGAUGUCAUCAUACAUUGUUCUGAAACCCGUAAUAGUUAUUAAUGUACCAAGGAAGAAACACUGUCUAUUAUGGUCGCGUCUGCAAAAGGAUAGCCGAGGCCUAACCGAGGUUAACAAUCAGGCGAGACAAUAGACAGUUUUUCGCCGAGGUGCAUAUUACAUUAUUUCGUCGACCUCAAACAUUGACUUUAUCUUUGGACUUUCUCUUCCUCCGGCAAAUUUCAGAACCCUACCUCAAUAAUUACGUGAGAUACGGGGGUGCUUCCAUAAAAAAUGCGACAAAAUUUCAUUUUUCCGAACUGAAAAUUUUCCAAGAAAAAUUUGAAUAGUUAGUAAAUUGGGCGUCCUGAUUCCAAAUCUGAAGUGAUUUUCGACCUAUUUUGACUCCUAAUAUCAUUUUCCGGAAAUUGGGGUAUUAUACACGGUUUUUUGUCUCCCUCCGCUACGCGUCAAGAGACAACACAACCUGGAGCUAAAAUCUACUACUUUUUCCCCUUGUAUAAUAAAUAACUAUUAGUAAUAUUGUAAGAUAGGCUUUUUCGGGCUAUCGCACGGAAAUAGCGCACGGAAAAACUUUGAGAAUAAGCAUGGAAACGAAUUAUACAUUCUAAGCACUGUAUUGUCAGCAUUAUUUAUUUUCUAUCAAUCAAAUUGAUGCCGACAAAAUGAACUCAGAAGAAAAUCCCGGAAUUCCCGAUAAUAUCCUAGAGCAAGUGGCACGAACGACCGAGAAUUUAAUACCAGAAAAAUCCAGGUCUAGUAAUUCCAAGUUUAUUCAUUCCUACAACUGUGAAAAUAAAAAUGUUUCAUGUUUCUGUUGUGUCUCUAUUAUGUACUAUUUCAUUAUUAUAUUUUCAUUUCCAUCGAAGUGUAAUAAAAAAUAUCGUUCAUUACUCCAGAAAUGAUUUUUCCGUGCUUGCAUGACUUCCCGUGUUCGGCUUCGCCUUACAAGAGAAUUUGUCACACGCGCACGGAAAAAUCCCUAUUUUUCGUACAGGGUGAUUCACCAUAAAUGUCCUCUCCUCUAGCUCACUUAUUUCUGAACCGAUUUAAAAAUUUGAAAAAUAAUCUUAAAUGAUUGAUCAGAAUUUUUUUUCGUUGCAUCAGAGAAUACACAGUAAAUCAAAAGUUAAGAAGGAAAUAUAGACGCCGUUUCGACCAAUAAUGAAUAGUUUC